UUCUCCUCUCUCUUUCAAUCCUCUGUGGCGCCGCUUGGUGUAGGCCAAGCGUCGGCGUCGCAAAAAUAAUGGACAAUCAUAAUACAUCCAUUGUGCCUUAUCAUGACCCUUUUGAUGAUGAUGAUGAUGAUGAUGAUGAUGAUUCUUUUGUUAAUAUUUCACUCUUUGAUGAAAAUCCAACCAUUGACGGCGGUGACCACCCACCACCUUUAGAUGAAAAUCCAACAAAUUUGAAUUCUGAUUUUGGUGUCUCCGACUAUGAUCCAAUUUUGCUUGACAUUUCAUACGAAUGUAGUAAUCAUUUGGUUGGGAAUAGUACCAAUGCAGAGGGUGAUGUUCUGGGGAAUAAUAAUAAUAAUAAUUUGCAUAAUUGCCAAAUUCUAAGAGAAAUAACUCAUGCCGAUGGCUUGUUGAUAUCUAAGCUUGGAAUUUUCGGAACAAUAGGAAGGAUCAGUCAUGCAAGUCUUGAGAAAUACACAAUGGAUUUUUCUGAUCAAAGCCAUGUCUCAUCCCAAACAUAUGAUUUUAGCAAUGAUAGUAUAAGCAGUGUGAAGCAAUUUUUAGUUCAAUAUUUCGAGGCUUGUAAGGGUGAUGGUUAUAUGGUGCUCGAAGAUCCACUCUGUGAAUUCUAUCAAGCUUUAGGUGUUGGAUUUGACGGUAGUGACUGUAUUGACAUUGAUGGUCUACUUCAGUUAUCUCCAACAACUUCGCAUGAUAUCCAAAUGGAACAGCAAGAAAUGGCAAACGAAAAAAACGAGGGCACUAGCAGUGACAUGAGACACGAAAAGAUCCCCCUUUCAGCACAGAGGGAAAGAACUGCAAAGUUGAAAUUGAAAGACUUUGCAGGAUAUCUCCAUCUUCCCAUUGAGACAGCAGCUAAGAAAUUGAAAAUAUGUCCUACUGUGAUGAAAAAAAUUUGCCGAAGGGAUGGCUUACCAAGAUGGCCCUAUAGAAAGAUUAAAAGCAUUAAGAGGAAGAUAUCGGAGCGAGGAAAGAGUUUAAGCUCUACUGAUGUUAAAGAAAGGGAGAGUGCAAAGAUCGACAUCAGGAAGCUGGAAAAGGAACUUGCUAACAUUUUAAAAAGAAUUCAAUGACAUCACAUAGGUUUCUUAUAAGUUAAUAGUAAUUCUCAACCAUUUUUUGUCUCUACAGACUUCGCUUAUUACUUGUAUUUUUUAUUUCUAUUGUAUUUAUAGUUGAAGGCAGAUUUAAAUGUACAAAAUGAGUUAUAUUGUGUAUAUACAGAAUUUAGGAGUUUGAAACUUUCAUAUUUCUUUCUGUAAUAAAGUUUGUUAUGUA